ACUUAUUAUAAUUAUUAUUAUUUUAUUAUUUAAUAUUAGGAUUCGGAGUCGGCCUGACCUGAGGGAAGAACAGCUGCAAGUCUAUGGUCAGUUCCUUCCUUCUUGCUUCCUCUCGAUUUUUCCAUUGUCGUGACAAUGACGGAAACCUUGCUUGGGAUUUCUUGAAAUUCCCGUCUUGACGCGUUCCAGGUUAAUCAGCCGCGGGGCUCGCUGGGAGGCUGUGCCUCCGCUAUGACGAGGUUACCUUUCUUACUCGUUUAAUCGCUUCGUGUAUUGGUCCCCGGAUUUGUAGGAAUUUGUCGCCAUUACUUCGGGGAGGAAUUUGCUUUAAUUGAAUGGCGGCUUCUUAUCGAAAAGCUCGACUGAAAGAUCUGGCGUUUUUCCGUUUGAUUUUGAUUGGUGUGUUAGGAAUUGUUUUAUUGGUGUUGCUACUGAGGACAAGCUCGUUUAUCGACUUGAUUAGCAGAUAUUCGAUUGAGGCUGAUGAACCCUAUAUUGACAGUACGGAUGCAGGUUCUGUGUUGACUCCUAGUUAUAAUUUGCUUUUAAACAAUAGUUUGAAGCUUCCUACACAGAAUAAGCUUUCGAUUUCAUUGGAGAACCGAAACCGGAUGCCGCCGAGGAAUCUGGAUUUGUUUCCUACUUUAGCUAAGGAUCAUGUAGUUAUUGUUCUAUAUGUCCAUAAUCGGCCACAGUAUCUUCGAGCAGCUGUCGACAGCCUUAGUCGAGUAACAGGGAUAAGUGAAACUCUACUAAUUGUUAGUCAUGAUGGAUACUUUGAGGAGAUGAACAAGAUUGUGGAUGGAAUCAAGUUCUGCCAAGUCAAGCAGAUAUUUGCCCCUUACUCCCCGCACAUUUUUGCCGAUGGCUUUCCCGGAAUUUCCCCCACAGAUUGCAAGGACAAAGAGAAUCCUACAAAGAAGAAAUGUGUCGGAACACCGGAUCAGUAUGGGAACCACCGGUCACCAAAGAUUGUGUCGUUGAAGCAUCAUUGGUGGUGGAUGAUGAACACGGUGUGGGAUAGUUUGAACGAGACGAGGCGACACUCUGGUCAUAUUCUCUUCAUCGAAGAAGACCAUUAUAUCUAUCCUAAUGCCUAUCGGAAUCUGCAGUUGCUUAUAAAAUUGAAGCCUAAAAGGUGCCCUCACUGCUAUGCUGCAAAUCUGGCGCCAUGGGACGUGAAAUCAAGAGGAGAAGGGUGGGAUAGUUUGAUAGCAGAGAGGAUGGGGAAUGUGGGAUACUCGUUUAACCGUACGGUGUGGCGGAAGAUUCAUAAAAAAGCUAAAGAAUUCUGUUGGUUUGACGACUAUAAUUGGGAUAUAACAAUGUGGGCUACCGUUUACCCUUCAUUUGGUAGCCCUGUUUACUCACUACGAGCACCUAGAACAAGCGCCGUUCAUUUUGGAAAAUGUGGUUUGCAUCAGGGUCAGGGCCAGAAAGCAGCAUGUCUCGAUAAUGGCUCUUUGAACAUUGCAGUCGACGACAUUGAUAAAAUUCCAAACAUUAAAUCAGAUUGGGGAGUACAUAUACUCAAGCACCAAGCUGGUUAUCAGCCUGGCUUCCGGGGUUGGGGUGGCUGGGGAGAUACCAGAGACCGGCAGUUAUGUUUGCAAUUUGCCAGGAUGUACUUUUCUUCGAAUGUUGGAGGGGCCUAGAUUCACCGUGAGAUCUUCUUCCUUCGAAACACGGGGGUGGUUUCAGUAUCCUUGAUAUGUAAUUGUGUGUCAUAUCUGAUUGUUGUUGUGUCGAUGAAGAGUGCAUAAAUAGGUAUUGUAUCCUUAGCGUUUAGCGUGUUUUGUGAGACUUUUAUGCUUUUUCUUUCCUCUCAAUUUUGUACAACUACCACGACAAUCUUUCUGCGAACAAUUUACGCAUGAUGUACUAGCCUUAUUUGCAGAUUGAAUAUCAUGGGUGAUUGUUCUUAGUAGGAUCUACA